AUGGCUUCUCCAGCUUCGCUUGGCUCUAGAGCCCUGCGAGCUAGCAGUCGUCAUGUUUCCGUCACUUCCCUGCAGAGGAGAGGUCUAGCCGCAGCUGCUUCCGGCAGCUUUCAGUAUGAGACGGGGGAUUCGUCGGGUGUCAAGUUCGCUAGCAGAGAUUUGCCAGGCGCCACGACCACCUUGACCGUCGUCGCAAAAGCCGGCACCCGCUAUCAGCCUCUGCCUGGCUAUUCUGACGCUCUCGAAAAGUUUGCUUUCAAGUCUACCACGAAACGAUCGACUCUGCGCAUUACCCGAGAAGCUGAGCUUCUCGGUGGUGAGCUGUCUGCGUACCAUUCCCGGGAGAACCUCGUCCUCCGAGCCAAAUUCCUGCGCGAAGACCUGCCUUAUUUCACUGAGCUGCUGGGAGAGGUCAUAACAAAAACACGAUACACGACGCAUGAGCUCAAUGAAGAGGUGAUUCAUGUCAUGAAACUGGCGCAGAAAGGUCUUCUAGGAAGCCCUCUGUCGCUAGCACUGAACUCCGUUCAUGGUGUUGCGUUCCACCGCGGGUUAGGCGAGCCACUAUAUGCCACUUCCUCGGUUCCGAUGAUCCAAUAUCUUGAUGCCGAGGACAUUGCGAAAUUCAGUGAACGUGCCUAUGUGAAGGGAAAUAUUGCCGUUGUCGCCAACGGUGCUAGUCACUCCGAAUUCUCCAAGUGGGUGGGAGAGUUCUUCCAAGACACUCCGAGCGGUUCCAAAUUGUCCAGCCCUGCUUCGACAUAUUACGGCGGUGAAGAGAGAAUUGCUCACGGGUCUGGGAAUGUGUUGAUCGUCGGUUUCCAGGGGUCUAGUUCGUUCACGACCGGGUCGUCCUACAAACCGGAAAUAUCAGUCUUGGCUUCCUUGCUUGGAGGAGAAAGCAGCAUCAAAUGGUCUCCGGGCUUCUCUUUACUGUCCAAAGCUGCGCAGGACUUUCCCCAGGUGCAGGUUUCUACUCAACAUGCAGCGUAUUCUGACGCUGGCCUUCUCUAUAUCACAUUUAGCGGCAAUGCGGCCCAGAUCGCAAAAGCAAGCAAGAACGCGGUCGACACACUUAAGAAGGUUGCAGCGGGAGAAGUGGCAGAAGAGGACAUCAAGAAGGCUACUGCAUUGGCGAAGUUCCGGGCGCUCGAGGCUGGACAGCAGACACAGGCUGGUCUGGAAGCCACCGGAAAUGGACUAAUCGAGGGUGGGAAGCCAUUCCAGAUCGAUGAGAUUGGCUCGUCCAUCAACAAGGUCUCGUCAGACAAGGUCAAGGCGGCGGCGAAGGGUCUGCUGGAAUCAAAGGCAUCGGUAUCAGCGGUGGGAGACCUGUUCAGACUUCCUUUUGCGUCGGAGAUUGGCUUGACAGUUUGA